AUGUCGCUCUGCUCCCGGGGCGCAAUACUCAGAGGCCCGAGGCUGAAUUUGCUACGCCUGACCUCGAAAGCGACCCCUCGAUUGCGAACCCGUACGCUAUUUUCCCGAGCUCCUGUCGCGCCGCAGCUCAUCGUACCGAACCUUCGCAGCCAAUGUUGCACCUUCUCAACCACACGGUACCAAUCAGUGGAACCACCAGUUGAUCCAGUGACUGAGGUCCUACCCGUAUGCUGUCCAGGCUGCGGCGCAUUCUCGCAAACGAUUGAAGCAGACGAACCAGGAUAUUAUAGUGCAUCACGCAAACAGACACGGAAGCUACUGGCCGCAAGCAAGAAAACACCCGAACCUGAUAACAAUGACAUUGUGGAGGGAUAUGAAAAUGACAACAUUCCCGAUUCAGAACCUCCGCGUCCCAUCGCAGGUAAGAAAUCUGAUCGAGUAGGUAUACGACAUUCGCUAAUGAAACAAAAAGUUGGAGCCUUCCCAGAUAACGCCAUUGCACCCGCCGACGACUAUCUUAACUCAUCUAAACGCAUCGUCCAUAUAUGCGAUCGUUGUCACGAUUUGAUACAUCAUAACAAAGCAGUUGCUUCGCCUAAACCAACAAUCUUGUCGAUACGAAACUACCUGGAAGAGUCACCCUAUAAAUGGAACCGUGUAUAUCACAUCAUUGAUGCCGCCGAUUUUCCUAUGUCCCUCGUGCCACGGAUUCACUGGGCAUUGUCAUUGCAGCAGCGUUCGCAGAACCGACGAGCCACACAUGAGUCAUAUUUGCGUGGAAAGAGACUACCAACUAUCUCGUUUAUUAUUACGCGCUCGGAUCUUUUGGCAGCAACCAAGGAACAAGUUGACUCCAAGAUGGAGUACAUUCGCACAGAGCUUCGCGCAGCCCUGGGGAGGACCGGGAAAGAUGCCCGCCUUGGUGGCGUGCAUAUGAUUAGUGCACACCGUGGUUGGUGGACUAAAGACGUCAAGGAAGAGAUUAGAGAUCACGGUGGCGGCAUCUGGGUUGUUGGCAAAGCCAAUGUUGGAAAAAGUAGUUUCAUCGAAGCUUGUUUCCCGAAGGAUACAAAGAGUUUGGAGAAAAUCGAGGAGUACAUUGGAAGCCGUCGGGAGGAAGAGAUUCCGAACAAACGGCAAGCCUCUCUGGAUGAUCCCAACAGUCUUCUACCCCCUGCUCCGGAAGAAGAUUUGUAUCCUGUCCUCCCAGUCGUUUCCUCACUGCCAGGUACUACUGUCUCGCCUAUCCGCAUUCCAUUUGGUCGCGGAAGGGGCGAGGUUAUUGACCUUCCGGGUCUCGAGCGUGGUCUGUUGGAAGACUACGUCAAAGAUGAGCAUAAGCGGGAUCUGAUCAUGACCAAGCGGAUCAAACCAGAGCGUUCCACCGUCAAACCAGGCCAGUCUCUCUUGCUUGGCGGUGGUCUCAUUCGAAUCACUCCCACUAACCCUCAAGACACGGUCAUGGUCGCCAGCUUCCUACCUAUCGAGUCCCACAUCACCAAUACACAGAAAGCAAUCGAAAUACAGGCAGAGGAGCGACCAUACCGGGGAACCGUUCUCAUGAAAGAAGGCACAGGCAGCACGAUGGCUUCCGCUGGCAAAUUUGAUAUCAAGUGGGAUGUUACCAAGUCACACCUACCAACAUCCCUCGCCAAGGCAGUUGCGGACAAGGGUAUUCCAAUUCCUUCAUUGCCCUAUCGAGUGAUGUCGGCCGAUAUCCUCGUUGAAGGCUGUGGUUGGAUCGAGCUGAGCAUUCAAAUUCGCAGCAAGCGUGAUACUGAGUCGGACGAAGCAUCCUAUCCACAGAUCGAAGUGUUCACCCCGAAAGGCAAACACAUUGGAAUCCGACGUCCGAUGGAGUGUUGGCAAUUCAUUGCGGAUAAGCAAAAAAAGGACAAGCGGAAACACCCACGCACACGCACCAGACACCAAUGA